AUGGACCAGGGAGAGCAGCCGAAUGCCACUUCCCGCGUGGCCGUCCCAAGGCUUUCAGCACGACGACACAUGCCUUGGGGCCGCGCCGCUGGUACCGAAGCCCUCGUCAUUCCCCGUGGCCCCCUUCCCUCAUUCCGCGGGGCCCUGUUAAAAGCCCUGCCAUCUUCCGUCCCAAACUGGCAGACGCCCGAGAUGAAACGAAGCCUCUCCCGCAGGGUGCCGAACAACACCCCAGUUCUACCAGUGUUUCCUGGAACAGGGAUAUAUUUAUUAGAGUUGGCGAUACUGAACUUCUAUUGGCUGCCCUUGAAGAGCCCUUAUCUUUCUUUUUUCCCAAACUAUGCGCGUUUGUCAAGCCAGCCACAAUUCUUUCGCUCCGCUUAUGCGCCCGCCUCAUCUCGGGAUAUUGGCCGUGCCAACCGCGACUGA